CAGUUAUCUAUAGUUUCUUUACUACUUGCAUUCGUUGCAGGAAAGUGUACUCUUUUUGCUAUGAAAUUUACAAUUUUAUCCUGGACAACUUUGGUCGUGCUAAUGUGCAUCGCCGAGGCUCAAGUCCCGGGGCCGCCGCCCGAAGCCAUGGGCGUCGCUCAGGGCGGAAUGUCAGCAGCGGCAGGGGCUGGCGGUCAAGUUGGAGCCCAGGGCGGUGCAGGCGCCGAUAUGGCAGAGGGCGGGCCUGGAGCUGGGAUGUCAGCCGGCAUUGGAGCUGGAUCCGAGGUGGGUGCCAACGCCCAAGCUGGAGCUGGACGCUAGCGAGCAGGCGGCACUUGUGUUUGAAACUUCAGUUUCCCUUGAUGUUUGUUUAGGGCCCUUGGCACUUGGGGUACACUGAAAAAUUAAUUGGAGAAAAAAAAGUAAGAAAAAUUCAUUAAUUAAUGUGGUAUAAUUUUGGUAAUAAAUAUAGUAAAAAUUUCUUUACUUUUGGUUUUGGGCGCUUAAGCGACCUAAAAUUAAAUCUUAUAUCAUUGGAAGAUGCAUAACUAUAUCAAAAACAUUAUUUAAAUAGGCUUGGUUGUUAGAUCACAGCCUAGCAGAUAUAAAAACAUAACUGAUGGCACCAAUUUUUUUUCUUAGAAAGAGAGCUCAGUAACAUAAUUGAUUUGGAAUUGCGGGGCGUCGCCACGUAGUGUGCCUGCCUUUCAUACCUCCAUUCCCUUCUCACUAUUGUAUUGUUUUGGCAGCUUAAAUUCCAUUUAAUGCCAUUUUAUGAAAUACACAUCAAAAUGUAUCGAUUCUGGCACCGCAUCAAUCAGACAGCAAGCACUGCCUUAAGGCGAAAAAUAUAAAUAGAAAACUCAUCAGGCAAAUGUUAAAAAUAUCAACAGAAUUUCCAUGUAGAUCAAGUGAUUAAUAAUAUUUUAGAGAAUUUAAAAAAUGUUUAUUGUUAAAUUAUAUUGUUGAUAUAAACAACUUUCUUGAUAAAAUUUACCUUAAA